UUGUUAGAAUUUUUGAUUAUGCUGUUGUCAGUCUAUAAAAAUGUCCACGGAUUAAUCACCAGUGGAUCUAGUCUGUAUUAGCGGUCCUGGAGUGAAUCGUGUAACUCAAGGAAGUCUGUUAGGUUGGAUAAAGAUUAUGUGGAGGAUCAGUGGAUGGGGCAGAGGAGGACAUAAGACAGAGGAGACUCCAGAGUGUCUCUAUUGAAGCAGUCUAAGACAGAGGGGAUUUCGGAGUGUCUCUAUAAAAUCAGACUAAGACCGAGGAGACUCUAGAGUGUCUAUAGAACCAGACUUAGACCGAGGAGACUCUAGAGUGUCUCUAUAGAAUCAGACUAAGACCGAGGAGACUCUAGAGUGUCUCUAUAGAAUCAGACUAAGACCGAGGAGACUCUAGAGUGUCUCUAUAGAAUCAGACUUAGACCGAGGAGACUCUAGAGUGUCUCUGUAGAUCAGACUUAGACCGAGGAGACUCAAGAGUGUCUCUAUAGAAGCAGUCUAAGAUCGAUGAUCCGUUUGAGGUGGUAGGGCAUGGCUGUGAAUGUGUACGCCACAUCUGUGUCCAUUGACAACCUCAGCCGACAUGAUAUGCUGGCGUGGGUCAAUGACUCUUUGCAUCUCACCUACACGAAGAUUGAACAGCUGUGCUCAGGAGCAGCGUACUGCCAGUUCAUGGACAUGUUGUUUCCUGGCUGUAUCCUCCUGAAGAAGGUCAAAUUUCAAGCCAAGCUGGAGCAUGAAUUUAUACAUAACUUCAAAGUUCUUCAGGCUGCGUUCAAAAGGAUGAGUGUGGACAAAAUUAUUCCUGUAGAAAAGCUCGUCAAAGGCAAGUUCCAAGACAACUUUGAAUUCGUGCAGUGGUUCAAGAAGUUCUUUGAUGCCAACUAUGACGGGAAGGAGUACGACCCUUUACUAGCCAGACAGGGGCAGGAUGUGGCCCCUCCCCCCAACCCAGGUGAUCACUUUAUCCACAGACCAAAGAGAAAUGCAGGACCACAGAGGACAUCUCCAACAGUUCCUAAAAACAUGCCAACACCACAGAGGGUCCAACACAACACUCCAGCUAUGAGGAAGAACCCAUCUUUGUCUAGAAACGGGGGCAGUGACGCCGAGAUCAUGGAGCUAAAUCAACAGUUGAUGGAGUUGAAGUUGACCGUUGACGGACUAGAGAAGGAGAGAGACUUCUACUUCAGCAAACUACGGGACAUCGAGCUCAUCUGCCAGGAACACGAGAGUGAAAACAACCCCAUCCUCAGCAAGAUCAUCGACAUUCUCUACGCAACAGAGGAGGGUUUUGCUCCUCCAGAGGAUGAAGACCUGGAUGAACAGGCUCACCUUGACCAGGAUGAAUACUGAACCCAUCAUGUUCCUCCCCCCUCUCUUUUCUUUUUGCCCUCCUUUAUUUUCUACUCUCUGCACGCUCUAUAAAUACCCUCCAUUAUCCCUGCUCUUUUCCUUUCUUUCUCAUGUGUAUAUCUGUUCCUAUCCUCCCCCCCGGUCCUUCCUCUGGACGUCUACAGCUCGUCUUUAUCAUCAGCCGCUGCUCCUCCCAGUCAUGUUCCACAUCUCCCAGUGAUUCCAGCAUGAGUAAUGCAGAUAUUUGAGCCAAGCCUGGCAUGGAGAUUGUGAGGGCAUCAGUGGAUUUGAAGUCUGUAAAUAUUACUGACAUUGUGAUUUCUGAGAGAAUGAUGUCUCUGCUCAUUCUGGGGUUAUUUAUUAGUGAUGAGCACUGAACAACACUGCUCCAAUGUGCCAUUAGGUCACUCCCAGAGCUACUAAAACUGUAACUAAAGUGACUUUUUAAUAGCAGUUUCUUAUUUAUUUAACUUAUGUUCAUUUAGAUUAAUGCUGUAGCAGAACUGGUGCAAACCUACUGUACAUGAAUUUAAAGCUGAGGCCUCGUGUUAUUGAUGCAGGCUUUUAGUUACAGCACGUAGAAACGUCGAGGGAAAUUCUUUGGUGCAAUGACUCUAGUGGUAUGAUCAGCACUCGCGAUUAUUGGUUAUUGAUCAGAGCUCUGCGAUUAUUGGUUAUUGAUUGGCACUCUGCAAUUAUUGAUUAUUGAUCAGCAACAUAUCUGAGCAUGAGAAUGUUACACUUUGACUGUGAAUGAGUGAUAUUUUGUAAAUGUAUUUUGUGUGGAGAUUUUGUCUGAUGUCGCACGAUCCUGGUUAUUUACCGUUGUAUUUAAGGCUGACAUGCUAAAGCCUUUGACUAUGAAUUUAGUGGUGGGACUGCCACCCGAAGACUGACACCAUGGUUAGAGAUUGUAGCAGUUCUAAUGUGUUCUUAUAAAUAUACGGAGCCCAAAACUGAAUAAUAUAGACCCAUAAUCACAUGAUAGCGUGGGUCAUGUUUCCCUUCAGACUCUUUUAUUUUCUGUUUAGGGUUCCAGAGAUGUAGUUUGGAAAGAAGUCAGGAUAAAGAGAUUUGAGACCAGGUGGUCAUCAUAAACAUCCACUUAAACCAGGAAGUCUCCCCGUCCUUCCCCAGCUUUUUUUACUUUGCAAACUGGCUGUGGUCUGCUCUGGAUCUUCAUGGACCAUGUAAACAUCUACAGAACACUCAUCUUCUGAGUUUGGAAUAAAGAAACAGUUGUGAA